AGAGACCCAGUGGGGUUGAAGCUUUGCGUGGCAGCCAGUUCGGGCGAUUCCUCCCCCCUACCUUUUUUUGGGAAAGGCAAAACUCGUCAGGAUGAUGGCCGGACCGAUGCCGCUUUUUGUGACCGGGAUGCUCUUCCUUAGUGUAGGGUGGCCAGGCGCAGAAAGCGCCCCGCGCAAGGCGGUGACUGCCCGGCUGGCAGCCAAGUGGCCGGCGACCCCGCUGCUUCUGGAGGCCAGUGAAUUCAUUGCAGAAGAAAGCAAUGAGAAAUUCUGGCAGUUUUUGGAAACGGUGAAAGAACUAACAAUCUAUCAAAAAGGAGUCUCAGAAUAUUCUUAUUACGACUUGCUCCUGAAGAAAGCUGGGCAGUUCCUGUCAAAUUUGCAGAUUAAUCUUCUGAAAUUUUCUCUUUCCUUACGGGCAUUUUCCCCAACUAUCCAGAUGUCUCAGCAGAUUGCAGUUCUUGAGCCACCCCCAAAAGGAUGCAAUGCCUUUGUGGUUAUCCAUGGGAAAAGCACCUGUAAGACUAAUGAAAUUAAGAAGCUUCUGAUGACAGCUCCAUCAAGGCCCAAACCAUAUCUCUUCAAAGGAGAUCAUAAAUUCCCUAUACUCAAGGAACCUGCUGUGGUCGUGAUCCUUUAUGCUGAAGUGGGUACCAAAGAUUUUGCCACAUUUCACAAUGUCUUAGCUGAAAAAGCUCGAAAGGGAGAAUUUGUUUACAUUCUUCGACAUUUUGUCAAGAAACGUAACACUGAGAAGAUGUAUUUGUCCGGAUAUGGUGUGGAACUUGCAAUAAAGAGUACAGAGUACAAAGCAAUGGAUGAAUCUCAAGCUGAAGCCACAAGAAAUAGAACAGAGGAAGAAGAUGAUAAGGAUAGUGAAGUCCAAGGAUUUCUCUUUGACACAUUAACGGAGAACCAUCCUGAUCUCAAAGACAAUCUGAACGAGUUGAAAAAAUACCUGAUUGAAAGCAGUGAUAAUACAGAGCCUUUGAAAUUGUGGGAACUAAAAGAUAUUAGUUUGCAAGCAGCGUCUCAAAUUCUCUCUGCCCCUCUUUACAAUGCAUUAAAAGUAAUGAAAGACAUCGCACAGAACUUCCCGGUAAAGGCCAGAUCCUUGACUAGAGUGCUAGUAAACCAGCAAAUGAGAAAAGAAAUAGAAGAAAACCAAAAGCGUCUGCAUGAAUCUCUUGAACUUAAGCCUGGUGAAGCACAUUUAUUUUUAAAUGGCCUUCCAAUAGACUUGAAUCUUCGUGAUCCCUUUAGCAUUUUAGAAACUCUGAAGAUAGAAGGAAAAGCAAUGCAUGUUCUUCACUCCCUUGGAAUUAAAGGAGACCUUCCGAGUAAAUUCAUGAGGUUAGCUUCCCAAUCUCAGGAUGCCUCUUACGCAUUAGACAUCCGUCACUCAGCCAUUGUAUGGGUCAAUAACCUAGAAAGGGAUGCUAUGUAUAACAAGUGGCCUUCAAGUUUUCAGGAACUUCUCAAACCAGCAUAUGCAGGAAUGAUGCGACAGAUUAGACGGAAUUUAUAUAAUAUGGUCCUUUUUAUUGACCCUCUCCAGGAAGAAGCAGCUGGUUUCCUUAAACUUAUUGAGUUAAUCUACACCCAGAAAGUACCUCUAAGACUUGGCUUUGUUUUCAUCUUAAAUACUGAUGAAGUGGUUGAUGGAAAUGAGGACGCAGGAGUUGCCCUGUGGAGAGCUUUUAACUUUAUUGCAGAAGAACUGGAUAUCCCUCAUGCUUUUGUCUCCUUACUUUAUAUGUAUCGUCAAGUAGGGGAGGGAGAAAUCCUUUCGGUGGACAACGUGAAGCGUAUUCUUUAUAGACAGUUUCCUCAAGCUGAUCUGGAAGAGAUCCUCGGUCUUGACUCUGAAUAUGAUGACAAGAGAAAGGCAGGAGCAAUGUUUUAUAAGAAGACUGGCCUGGGCCCAUUGCCUCAAGCUCUCUUUAAUGGCGUGCCUUUUAACAGAAAAGAGAUGAAUAUUGCAGAGCUGGAGACUUCUCUGCUGAAGAUCAUAGAUGCCACAGAGGCCUUUCAGCGGGCAGUGUCCACAGGCUUGCUAAAUGACCAUAAAGAUGCAGUUGAUUUCAUCAUGGAGCAACAGAAUGUAGUUUCGCAUAUAAAUGAUAGAAUUCUUGGCGAUGAAAAAAGAUACUUGAAUUUUGAAUCCCCAUCAGUUCCUAUAGAUGUGAAUGACCACUCAGCGUUUUUCUUUUUGGACUCUCAAGAUAAAACAUUUGUUAUUUCUGAAAACAUGAAUUACGUUACAAAGCAAGAUGAUGCUUUGGUCUACCCAGUAACCAUGUGGAUUGUGGCUGAUUAUGACAAAUCAGAUGGAAGGCAAUUGCUUUCUACUGCACUGAAACAUGUGAAAAGCAGCAGUCAUAUUCGGCUUGGGAUUGUGAAUAAUCCUAGUUCAAAAAUAACAGAAGACGGCACUGUUAUGGCAAGGGCAAUCAUGGCAGCAUUUUUAACCCAGAAAAACAUUCAUUUGAAAAACUUCCUCGGUCGGAUACUUAAGGAGGAGGCAGCAAUGGCCCUUGCUGCAGGAAUUAAAAUUAAAAAGUUUUUUUCUCCGGCCAUGGAUACGGAUGCUCUUGAAAAGAAAUACAAUACAAUGGGGGUUGAUCUAAUUCAGACUCAUCAGAUAUUUUGUCAGGAAGUUCUUAAAUUGCUUCCUGGAGAAAUGGCUGUUAUUAGUAAUGGCAGGAUAUUAGGCCCUUUGAAAGAAGACGAAUUAAAUACCAAGGACUUUGAUUUGUUAGAGACGCUAACUCUGAAUACAGCAGCUGCAAAGAUUAAAAGUCUUGUCAAGGAAAUGGGGGUUGAUCCUAAACGUGGCAGUAAUUUAGUGAUGCAAGUGAAUGCUCUUCUUUCUUCUUUGCCAAUAACUGAUGACCGUCAAGAUGUUGAAUUUUUCAAAGACCAACAUAGCGUACUGAAGAUAAAUCCAGACCUAAGUGAACCCUACUUUGAUGUUGUUGGUGUUGUUGAUCCACUAUCAAGAGAAGCUCAGAGGUUAUCACAGUUAUUGAUUGUGCUUGGUCAGGUUGUCAACAUGAAGCUGAGGCUGUUCAUGAACUGUAGAUCAAACAUAUCGGAAGUACCCUUGAAAAGCUUUUACCGUUUAGUUAUGGAACCAGAACUUUCUGUGGGGUCCAACAAUUUCUUUCCUCUUUCACCUGGAGCAACCUUCCUUGAAAUUCCAGAGUCUCUUCUUCUGACACUAAACAUGGCAACUCCAGAAAGUUGGUUGGUUGAAGCUGUGAGCAGUUCUUAUGACCUUGACAACAUUCAUUUAAAAGAUGUAGAAGGGGUGGUUUCAGCUGAGUAUGAAUUGGAAUAUUUGUUGCUGGAAGGACAUUGCUAUGAUGUGAGCACCAGGAAGCCACCUCGGGGAUUGCAGUUCACUCUCGGAAGAAGGAAUAAUCCUUUCAAAGUCGAUACCAUUGUGAUGGCCAACUUGGGAUAUUUUCAAUUAAAAGCCAACCCAGGGUCUUGGAUUUUGAGAUUACGUGAAGGAAGAUCUGAAGAAAUUUACGAAAUAUUUCAGCAUGAAGGAACAGAUUCUUCUGAAAGUCAAGAAGAAGUUAUUGUAGUAUUAAAUAGUUUUAGAAGCAAAAUCAUCAGAAUCCAAGUACAGAAAAAACCUGACAGUGAAAAUGAAGAUCUCCUGAGUGAAGUAGCAACAGAAGAGGAGGAGGAUUCUGUGGGCAGUUUUACAGGACGAACUUGGAAAGCAGAUCUGGAGAAGAAAAUGGAUGUAUUGAAUAUAUUUUCUGUUGCUUCUGGCCAUUUAUAUGAGCGUUUUUUAAGAGUUAUGAUGCUGUCCGUUCUACGCCACACAAAGACACCAGUAAAAUUUUGGUUUCUGAAAAAUUACCUUUCACCUACAUUUAAAGCACUUAUACCUCAUAUGGCUAAAGAAUAUGGUUUUGAUUAUGAGCUUGUGCAAUACAAAUGGCCACACUGGCUUCAUCAGGAGAUAGAAAAACAAAGAAUUAUCUGGGGUUAUAAAAUUCUCUUCUUGGAUGUUCUCUUCCCAUUGGCUGUGGAUAAAAUAAUAUUCGUUGAUGCCGAUCAGAUUGUAAGAAGUGAUCUGAAAGAUCUCCGUGAUCUAAAUUUAAGAGGUGCACCUUACGGUUACACUCCUUUCUGUGAUAGUCGUAGAGAAAUGGAUGGCUAUCGUUUCUGGAAGUCAGGAUAUUGGGCUUCACACCUUGGGAAAAAGAAGUAUCACAUCAGCGCUUUAUAUGUUGUGGACCUGAAGGUAUUCCGGAAGAUUGCUGCAGGUGACAGACUUCGAGGCCAAUAUCAAGCACUUAGCCAGGAUCCAAACAGUUUAUCCAACCUAGAUCAGGAUCUUCCAAACAACAUGAUUCAUCAGGUGCCUAUUAAAUCUCUCCCUCAAGAAUGGCUGUGGUGUGAAACCUGGUGCAGCAAUGAAUCCAAAGAAAAGGCUAAAACCAUUGAUCUGUGCAACAACCCCAAAACUAAGGAACCUAAACUAGAAGCUGCUAUCAGGAUUGUUCCUGAAUGGACAGAUUAUGACUCUGAAAUACAGAAGCUAAUAAAUCGCCUCAGAAAGGAGAAGACAGACGGGACCCCAUUUCAUCCAAAAGAUUCCAAGCAUGAUGAACUUUAGGAAUAUUUCUCAAUGCCAACCACAGACAGGAAACAAAUUUAAUUAAUGUAAUUGAGAUACAUUGUGUAUUUGUGCAAUUUUUAAAAAAAAAAAUGACUUGCACAUGGCAUGGAACUAACAGACUGUAAAAAAUGCCCAGUAAAUAAAACAUAUUUGGAAAUGAUGGUAUCCGUGUGCCUUUAUAUUUACAUUUCAAAAUUCUUCCUGUAAGAGCUUAUGAAGCAAUAUUUCAUACUUAACACAGAACUUGAAAUCAUUUAUAAAUCUUUUUAUUUUGCCUUCCUUAUCACUUUCCAAAAAUUCUAUUUCAGUGAGCCUCCUCCUUCUCCUGCAUCCUGUUCCGGUUUUCCCAUUAUGGAAAAUGUAUUCACAUAUAUUCACUGUGGUCAAUUUUUUUUCCAUUUGCAAGAAGUAAAUAACAGAAAAGAGGAAAGCAAACUGAACAAACUUGUGCCAUAGAUUCUAUAUUACCUCCCAUUAUCUAAGUUCGAAAGGAUGAGAUGGGGCAGCUAUGGAUAAUGGUGCUGACAUCAGAAGCAACCCAUUAGCUCUGCAGAGAGGAACUGUGAUUAUUAUUUUUUGCAAUUUGCAAAUAGCAUUUAAAAGAAAUCUUAACUUAUUCAUAAUAAAUACAGGAUGUGCGCCUUGAACUCAGAGGGAUGUAACUUUGUCAUAGACUCAUAAUUGAGGAGUCUGGAACCCCAAAAUCAGUUCUGAUCUCUCUGCUUUUAAAACAUUGAUUGUUUGGAAGUUGUGGUUGGUUGUGCAAGGCUUCUGUUAAAUCAGAUUACCAGGGCUUUACAAAUGGGCCAGAAACUCCAAGCAGCCAUUACUACGUUUGUGCAGGAAGUGAGGGGGGCCGAAUGUCAACUCGUAAAAGCAUUCCAGGCCUGCUUUUGAGUUGCCAUAAACAGCAGGAUGAGGAACUGACGGAGCUGCUCGGGUGCCGCAACCUAAAGCACAUUCCACAGAUGCCUUUCUCCAGAUUGUACCCCUGGUUACUGGAGCAAGCAGGAGAGCUGUGGUUUCUACAGCCCACGAACAUACUCCAUUGAAGAAUGUGAUUUUUGACACACCCAGGGAGGAGGGGGGAAAUAGGGUCACAGGGAGCCGUAAAUUACGCGAGGGUACAGCUGACUCCACUUGGGUAUUGCUGAGAUGUUGCUCCUAAUAAAUGACUGGAUUUCUUUUGAAACUUGGCUCAAUGCUCAUGAAUUAGAGCAUCCUUUGGAAUCCUGACAGAGGCAUUCUGCAAUCUGCAAAGAUUUCACGUUGAUUAGGAUAACGUAUUCUAUCUCAAGCAUAUUUAUAAAUAUGAUUAAAAAUCACGGAUUCUUCUGGAAUGCUCACUGAUUUGCUCCAUUAUGAAAACUGUCAAUUAAUGAGGAAGCCUGUCUUAGCGCCUUGUGUUUUCUGUGAUCUUAAAGGAUCUUCCUCAAUAUGAGAUUUAAUUAUUUCAGCCUUGACGGGCUCACUGAUGAUCUCGAGGAUAAAGAGGCUUGCAAACCUUUUCAGGCCCCAGAACACGUUAAUUAAAUAAAUAAAUGCUAGAACUCCUGAGCAAGAGGCUGUAAUGACUGAGAACACUGUGUUUGGAUUAGCUCUCAUUUGUCUUUAAUCUCUCCCUGAGUUUUGUAGAACACAUAUUAAAAAACCCUGUUCUUGAGCUUCCAAGAGCUCAAGCUUAAACCUAAGCUUGCUGGCUAAUUCUUAGUAUAAAGUAGGGCGACACAAAACUUUGGGAACCAUUCAGAAAAGAGACUUUGGUGUGUGCACACCUAAACUGUGUAUCUGUUUCUUUUAAAGCAGCCAUUUAUUUUCCCAGUUAGACUUGGAUCCACUUGGAAUCAAGUAUUGCAACCCCCCACUGCAAAAUAUAGCAAAACAGAUAAAACAGGUUUCUGUUAGCCUGCCACAAAAUUAUAUAAAAAGAAGAAAGUUUAUUACUUUGACCAUUCUUCUGUAGCUUCCUGUAGAGGGAGAGUAGUUCCCAUGUAUUAUUAAAGUAGGACGUAAAGUGAGAUUUGGACAUGAAGUGUGAAACCUACUGGGUCAGGCUGGACAGCCUCUCGAGGCCCCUUCUGUAUUAAAAGGCCACAUAGGCAGAGUUGCAGCUUGCAAAAGAACAGGAAGCGAGUGCCUAACCGCAGAGUUCGAUAGUUCUCAGAAGACCACAAGGGUCAGCUAAAGGUCGCUUAGAGACAGGUACUCAGUACCUAUGACCCAAGACAAAAGGAGAAGUAAGACCCUAUCUACUUUAUAAGACUCUUUCCUCAAGGUAACCAAUAAGAAGUGACCGUGUACGUUGCUCUUUGGAAGAUAUAUAAUAAACUCUCUUUUCUAUAGUUUUUUGUCCAGAUGUUAGAAAUUGUUAUCUCUGUCUGGACCUUUUGGCCAAAAUAAAGCUUAUCUUGAUCUCGCAGUCCUAUCUCUUGAUUUUCUGCAACAUUAUCAUGUGAUAUAUUAACGGGCAAAGGACUUAGAUGUUAUAGUACACCUCCAAGUAAAUAUGUAGCAUUACUUUGGUCUCAAUUCUGUUCAAUAUAAAGAGGACUGAGUUCCAAGCAUUGUCCCAAUAAGAGAGGCAAUCGUUAUUUUGAUAAGUAUAUGUAAGUGGCUUUGAUAAAACAGAAUUUUAAAUUUCACAUUUCAGACAUAACACAUGUACACCAAUGCCACCAAUUUAAUAUAAAACUACACCACCACAAAAUAGCUUCCAGAUUUCAAAUUAGUAAAGUUUAAAAAGAAAUAUUAAUCUUUGUGUUCUUAAAAUAUAUUGCUUAAGUAAAGCUAUUUUGCAAAGGCAAAGUUCCCAUAUUUUUCCACAUUUGAGGCAUUUAAUUCCAUGGAUACUUUACGGUAGCAAUUGAUAACUGAACUGUCUUUUAAAUUGAUUCUUUAAUUUCCAAAGGAAUGAAGUAGGUUUUUUUGUUAGAUUUUCCCCAAGUCUACUCAAAAUCACUAGGUACAACAGCAUAAUAAAGCAAUUUCUAUUCAUUACUUGGCGUACAAACAAAUUAAGACUUGGCACAAUUGUUAACUUCAGAAUUCAACCUGCCUUAUCCCUCCCACCCCCAACACAGCCAAAUCCCCCCCCCCAAAAAAAAUAUUCAGGAUUUAAAGCAAAUAAAACAACGGUGUGCUGUUGAAUACUAUUUAGUAUUUCGUUACCUUCAAAAGAAUAUAUCCCACCACCCCCACUUCCUUCAACCUCUCUGAUUUAUUCUGGCAACACUCCCAAGGCAAUGUCUGAUUUCAAUUGACUCAGAAGCACUACUGAACAUUUGGAUCAAUCCAUGUGCAGCCCUGAUGGCCUCUAGAACAAGGAGCUCCGGCAACAUCAAGGCAGCCCAAACCACGUCCUGUAUAAACAUGGACUUGAUAGGAUUUGGUCCAAGAAAGCAAAGGGCUCUCUUUCCCCCAACCCCCAUUCUAACAAUGGCACUUUAUGCAGUCCUGUCCAAAACAUAAGGGUGAUUUGUUAAUAGGUAACAUCUCUCUCUCUCCCGGCAUUUCUGGAGUCAUUUCUGAGGAGAGAAACAUGAAAGCACUUUGUGGGUCCUGGUUUUGUGUCUGAAUGUUCACUCAACAAGUAUCCAUCGUGGCAUCUUUUGAGAUGAAUCCAAAUCAUUUCAAAAGCAUUCCUAAAGAACAGAACGUUACACCCAAAAGCUAGUGAGAUUCAACCACUAAUUUUUCAGCUGUUUGGAGAAGUUGCAUUGAAAUACACUGGGGCGUACAUGUGCUAUUAAUGACAACAAGUGAGGUGAAAGAUGAAUAUCAUUUUGACAAGUGUUCAAAACUGCAUUCUUGAAAAAGACCGGAUGUGAAAGAAAAGGCAAGUUCAACAUUGCAUCUCAAGAUGACUCCAGGCUCCGUUAGGAAUGCAGUUCACAAUAUCGGAUUUCGGCUGCAUGAAAACACUUUCAAUCGGUUCCAUGAGUUAUUAGUCUGUGCAACUCCAGACAUGCAUAUAAUAGUUGUGAAGAGGAUGAUCAUCUACCACCCUUAAAAAUAUAUAUAUCUUCAAGAGCAGAACAAAGUUCUACUUAUUAUGGCCACUAUCUCAGUCGUGCUCAAAUGUCAAGCAAAUUUUCAAGGGAAAAUGGUUCUCUGCCACCUGGCUAAAAAUUUUAAUUCUGUUUAAUU